GAAUUUGCGUUUUGGGAACCACGCAUCAGGUUCCAAGCGAAUAAGUAGAAGUGAGAACUUAAGUUGGACGUUAUUCGAUAAUUGUUUUUACUGCUAGAAAUAGUCGGGGAAAAAGUGGUUUGUGUCAAAUAUGUGUAAUUUAAAGCUACUUAUCGUCAUCAUAUCAACCCUUUUAACGCAAACAUUAGCAGGGAUUGUACAACCCAAAUAUACUAUAAGCGAUCCUCACUAUCAUCACAAAUACUCUUCAGAAGAAUCAGUAGAUUAUUAUUCUCCUCCAAAAUAUGCUUUUAAAUAUGGAGUCUCUGACCCUCACACCGGAGACCAUAAGACCCAAACCGAAAUAAGAGAUGGAGAAGUUGUUAAAGGUCAAUACUCUCUGGUAGAACCUGAUGGUUCUAUUAGGACUGUUAAUUACGUAGCAGAUCCUGUGAAUGGAUUUAAUGCGGUGGUGUCUAAAAGUGGCCCAAGUGUACACGAGGAACCCCAGCAACAUUUGGUACCAGAGAAGCCGAUUUAUGUUAAGCCCAAUUAUCCCGUAAAAACUGUAGAGCCAGUGGUUCAUUAUCAAAAACCAGUUGUAAAAUAUACACAAGCCAUAAUUCCAGACUAUCACCCUAAGCACCAACCACAAGCAGCUUACUACCCUACAGAAUAUCAGACAGCCUACGUGUAUCCAGAGAACUACAAUUUACACGAAUACUACAGCGAUGAUCUUCAUAAUAAAUACUAUUAAUAAUGUAAUUUUUAAAAAGUCACAUUGUAUAUACGUAUUUAUAGUCUUUAAUUGUAUAUUAAGCACAUACAGUUUUUAUACUAAUAAAUAUUCCAUUCCUAAUUAUAGGAAGGAAAA